GAACUAUUUGGAAUUGACCAUUUCAUGAGCAUUGUUAGGUUCUUUAUGAGCUUUCAAGAAGUCCCACUCACAUCUGAUGAAAAUGUCACUAUAAUGGAGACAACUUUCAGCAACAUUCCUGUCCGUGUUUAUGUGCCAAAGUGAAAGUCAGAAGUCCUAUGAGGGGGCUUAUUUUAUAUUCACAGUGGUGGCUGGUGUUUGGGGAGUUCUGCUUUUUUUUAUUUAUGACCUGCUGUCAAGACGGACAGCUGAUAGACUUGAUGCUGUUGUCAUAUCAACUAACUACAGACUAGCACCCAAGUACCAUUUUCCUAUUCAAUUUAAAGAUGUGUAUAAUGCACUAAGGUGGUUCUUGUGCCAAGAUGUUCUUGAAAAAUAUGGUGUAGAUCCUGAAAGAAUUGAUGUUUCUGGAGACAGUGCUGGUGGGAAUUUAGCCACAGCAGUGACUCAACAGCCUCAUGAUGCAGGACAUAGAAUACUGGAUGAGAAAUCAGGAGGUAUGGAUUUCUGGAAUUGCAACAAUCUGGAGCUGUGACCUUGGACAAACUGCCUAAUCUUUUAAAGCAUCAAUUCUUUUUACUGGGUUG